AUGGCGCCUGGAAAUAAGAAAAGCAAGAAAAGGACGUCGAUCGGCGGCUGUCAGGCCUCCCUUCCAUUCCCGGCCACCAACCCAAAUUCGAACAAUGACAAUAUUCAGUCGACGCCGGGCGAUGCCGCGACGACGAGCAACGAUGUGACGCCGCAAACGCGCAAGCGACGCCAGAGUGCGCACGAGCAGGCGAGAUCCAACAUGCAUGUGUUGGUAGAGGGGCCUAUAGACCCCUUUGCCGAUGGGUUCUUGGAUGCGUUCGAGGCUUCUACAUCCGGCAACAAGGACAAGACUUCGCCGUCCGACGUCAUCGUUAGCGACAUCGUCGUCGUGUCGACCGUCCCGACCGAUGCGCCCGUGGUCGAGGAGGACGUCGUCAUGGACGACCGCAACGACGAGUCUGAAGACGAAGACUCGAGUCUCUUCGGCGAACCAGAACCAAUGGAGGUAGAAGCCUCUCCCAACGUCGCCCUCAAGGUCGAACGUGGCACAACGAGCAAGACGGCAUCCUCGUCGACGACGGCCCCAUCACGCUCAGCGCAGCCCGUGUCUCAGCACGAUUUACCGCACAAGCGCACGGCAUCGGCACAGCCAGUCAAAGCCGAACGUAAGGCGCCCAAGACGGAGAAGAAGGCACCCAGUACAGCGACGAAAGCUCCACCUGUCAAGACGACGAAGAAGAAGCACGCGUCGACACGCGAAGAUAACAUGUCGACCGCGUGCGAAAGUGUGGCACCGGUGCACGGCUCUCGACAUGCUGUGCCGAGCAACCUUCAGCUGUCCAAGUGCGGCAGCAAGGUCUCGAAGACGCCGCGGACCGACAAGAAUGUGACGGCGGCAUCGGGUUCGACUUUGCAGGCGGGCGCUACGCCGCAGGUGGCUCCUCGCCCGAAGCAGAAGUUGGCUUACGGAGAGGACACCAAGACGGUUGAUCCUCGCCGUCGGCUGGCGCCUACGACCGUUGCUCCUGUUGUGGCACCUGCACCCGUCGUGGCCGAGCCUGUCGCCACAACACGGGAUGCGGCGCACGCCCGUAAGACGACUCGGCCAGCGAAGCUAUCCACACCUGCACCCGCCCCUGUCGCCGCCCAAAGCCAAUCAACGCCCUCGUCUGGCCCAAGCUCAACGCUCGUGCCCGCCCCCGCCGUCGUUACUACGUCUGCUCAGCAGGUACAGCCUGCUUGGCCCGUCUUGGGUACCGUGCCCGUAGUAAAGAACUUGCAGCCCAUCGACACCGGCAUCGAGCGUCCCAAGACACAACGACCGCUCACGGCCAAGGUCAUGCCGGACGCUAACAUAGAUGCGCGUGCCCGGUCCAAGAGCAAGGAGCCCACUCCCGCGGUUGUCGUGGCGCCAUCGACGUCGAGCGCACAAGCCAAAGAGAACGCUGAUCGCGCUUCGUCUGUGUCUAUGACGAGUGUGGAUCGCCUGAUGAUCGCGAAGGAACAGGGAAGGGCAGCGUCCGUCGCCGCCGUUGCAGCAGUACGGCCGACGCCAGCACCGCUGAAUAUACCAGCUUCGCCGCCGCGCCCACCGUCGCCACCCUCGACGGGAACUACGCCUGUACCUCAAGCCUCGUCGACUACGGCUCCAGCGCCGGUGGCUUCUAUUCCCGCCGCGCCUGUGCCGACACCAUCAACGUCCAAGGUCGAAGACGUUCCGACUCGCCCUUGGACUGUCGACGCUGAAGCGCCUGCGCCUCUGCUCGCCGCUCCCGCUCCCGUGACGCCUCAGGUACCGCAGAAGAGGUUCAACUCGGACGCGGGGUCGGACGUUCCGUCGAAGAGGCAGCGCGUCGAUGAGCCCAGCUCAAGCAGGUCUGGACCCGCCACCCAGCAGCUCAUUACCAACAAGAAGCAUUGGCACGGAGAUGACCAGCUCGUCGACAUACAAUGCGGAAUGGUCAUGCUCAACGGGUGGCGCGAUCGGCUUUCCCAGGAGUCAGAUCUGUUCAGCACCUUGCUCAACAUCCCGGCCACUAUGGCGCUUACGGGACGGCCUUUCGUGGACAUCACCGGUCAUUGUCGCGAUGUUCAAGGAGUUGAACUCAUUCUGGACGAGCUUGACAACGAGGGAACAGUCCUCCGGUCCGAAGGGUGCACGCAAGCAGACAUCCGUCGCCUCCUCCGCACCUCGCAUGCGCUCGACUUCAAGAAGAUCUUCCACCGCUGCGUCGAAGCCCUCCGCAAGACCUGGCCCGCGAGCGCCUGGCGUAUCGGUCUGUCGACUGCGCGGCUACCGAUGGUCGACGCCCUCGACACCAUCCGCUGCGUGCGCGAGUGCGACCCGCAGUACAACCACCUCCGCGAGGUUUUCCUGCGCGCGGCGUACGAGACGUUCACCGCGUGCAAGGCGAGCUUCAAGUUGCGCGACGUCAUGGCCGCGCUGGGGUUCGUCGUGGGCGAUUCACCCGAGAUCCUUGCGGACAGGCUGGAAGACGUUAAUGCCGUGCGAAACCAUUGCCACGGGCGCUGGGCAAAGUACAGGUCCGGUCCCGGCCCGGAGUAUCCCGCCGUGUGUCCGCACGCCACAGAGCCGCUGCAGCUCUCGGAGGCGCAGAGGCUGGAUAAGCCGCAGCGAUGGCUUGAUACUAUGCUCGGGAUCGAAGAGGGCUUUGCGUGCUCGAGUACGGAUUGGACGUUCGACCCGAUACGCGCGGGGUGGGCGUUGCGGAGCCAUAGGAUCAUCAGGCCGCAUGGGUGGCAGGUGUGUCCUGAAGAGAAGUGUAAGCUUGCGAUCUAUGCGGCUUGGAAUCGGAGGAUGAAGAGGGAGUGGCUGGAUUUUGUGGGCGUGAUUCGGAGGUAUAUCUGGGCGGAGGUCGUUGAGGCGGAGGAGGCGGAUGGGUGA